AUGGAGCUACUUUGGAAAGUCUUUGUUACCACAUGGAGUCAGCUACAAGCCCUCAAUGAGGUGCUGAAGGGCAAUAAAAAGCUCAGCCUCUCCGUGCGAUCAGUCGGGCGGAUUCCAGGCGGCUACGUCACCAACCACGUUUACACCUGGGUGGACCCUCAGGGCCGGAGCGUGUCCCCUCCCCCUGACCUGACGGUGCAUCGCAGCGCCACCCUGAGGAGAACUGACAGCCAGCGGCGCAGCAACAUGCAGCUUCUGCAGGACGGGGACGAGAAGAAGGUCAACUUGGUGUUGGACGACGGCCGGUCUCUGGGUCUGAUGAUCCGGGGGGGGGCAGAAUAUGCGCUGGGGAUUUACAUUACGGGCGUGGACCAGGGAUCAGCAGCAGAGUGUGGAGGACUCAAG